CCACCAUAUUCAAAUAUGGAUCCGCUGAAUAUUUAACUGACGAUCUUUGCGCGGAAGAAUUUGUAAAAAGCAAAAACCAACAUGGAGGCCGUGGCCAAACAUGAAUUUAACGCUACAGCUGACGACGAAUUAAGCUUCUCUAAGGGCGACGUUCUAAAGAUAUUGAGUCGAGAGGAUGACCAGAAUUGGUACAAAGCAGAGUUCAAUGGCCGGGAGGGAUUUAUACCAAAUAACUACAUAGACAUGAAACCACAUGACUGGUUUGUUGGAAGAAUGAAAAGAAAUGAUGCAGAGGCAAUGUUAUUACAAAAAAGUGCCAAUGGGCAAUUUUUACAUCCGGACGGAGCAUUUCUAGUUCGACAUAGUGAAAGCGCGCCUGGUGAUUUUUCAAUGUCCGUCAAAUUUCAAGAUGGAGUCCAACAUUUCAAAAUCUUACGGGACGGCGCAGGCAAAUACUUUUUAUGGGUAGUAAAAUUCAACUCUAUAAAUGAAUUGAUAGAAUACCAUCGGAGGGCUUCAGUAAACAGAGGACAGACCAUCACAUUGAAGGACAUGAAAUCACAAAAAGCUGGUUCCCCAACAGCAGAUCCUAACGUGAGGAAGGCGGCAGCGCUGUAUGAUUUCAACCCACAGGAGCCAGGGGAGCUCUUCCUUAAGAAGGGGGAUGAGGUGGACAUUGAAGAAGAGAUCGAUCGCCAUUGGUGGCGGGGGAAAAACACUCGAACAAACGAAAUUGGACUUUUCCCGGCAAAUUAUGUACGCGUCUUGUAACAUUCUGACUGCGAAGGACUUCUGUUUGACUAUGAUUAUCUGCUGUUACUUUUUUAAUAUGAGAGUUUGUGUUUGUAUGAAAAGAUAACAGUAACGGAAACCAUCGUUUAGAUUGAUGUAAGGCCAAAAGAUGUAAACAAAUAUGUUAAUUUUUUUGGGAGAUAUGUUAAUCAUGUGUGUGUUCUCUUUCCCUGUGCAUCAUCAAGCCAGUUUACCCAGUCAUGUUUGUCAUCCAUGAUCUUAGCGAAGCAUUGUUGUGUUUAAACAUCAGCCAAACCAAAGUUUCAGCUGUUUUCUGUGCGGUGGAGUGAGCUUAUUAGAUUCCCGGCCAGAUUCUUCAUACGAGUCGUGUUCUGAGAAAAUCGGGCAUUAUGCAUGUGUGUAAAGUGUUGUCCCAGAUUAGCCUGUGCAAUCUGCACAGGCUAAUCAGGGACGACACUUUCCGCUUUUAUGACAUUUUUCGUUUAAAUGAAGUCUCUUCUUAGCAAAAAUCCAAAUUAGGCAGAAAGUGUCGUCCCUGAUUAGCCUGUGUGGACUGCACAGGCUAAUCUGGAACUACACUUGAGGCACAUGCAUUAUGCCUAGUUUUCUCAGAACGCGACUCAUAUGAACCGUGCUCUUGGAAAACCAGGCUUAAUACCGGUACAUUGGUGUUAAAGUAUCAAAGUAGCCUGUGCAGUCCUCAGAGGCUAAUCAGGGACAACAUUGUUUUCUAGACCAGGUUUUUCAUUUAGAAGAGACUUACUUUACUCAUACAAUUCCAUAAAAGUUUAACCCUUUGCAUGCUGGAAAAUUUGUCGUCUGCUAAAAUGUCAUCUGCUGAAUUUCUCAAAUUAGCAUUUUCUUCAAAACAUUUUCAAAGAAAACUAUCAGAAUAGCAAACAAUUUGGAUCCUGAUGAGACGCCACGUUUUGUGGCGUCUCAUCUGGAUCCAAACUGUUUGCAAAGGCCUUUAAAAUUCGGUUCCUGCACUGAACGGGUUAAAGUGUCAUGCCUGAUUAGCCUUUGAAAACUGUACCAGCUAAUCUGGGACAACACUUUAUUCAUAUGCAUUACGCCCGGUUUUUCCAUAGAAUGGUUAAUAUUUUGUUCCUUUAGUGUUAAACAGUGCUGUCUGCUUAGCAUUUUACAUCAGAUGCAAUAGUUGCAUUCUCAAGUCUCAAAUUGUGAGCAAUUUGUUCAGGCACCAACUAUUCUGUUCAUCCUGCCUGUCUCCAUUCACUGCAGUCAAUGUGUGAUGUUUUGGCCGCUAGUCUAAUCGCAAUGUUCCUAAAAUAGGCAUAGAAAGCUGUGGUUAAGGAUGUUAAAGAAAACUUUAUGCGUAAGGUUUGCACUGUUUGGUAGUAUAUAUAGUUUUUGGUUGACAAAAUGUAUAAAUUAUGCUUUAUGUUAUGUUAUGAUUAUGUAUUUUUUUAAGCUUUUGUGAUUGGUUGAACCAAACAACAGAUUGUGAUGUGGUUCGGAUGCCUUUAUAGGAGAUACAUUUUUAGCCUGUGAAUUUUUGCUUAUAUUGUCUGUAAAGAAGACAUGGUUAACCCUUUACCACUUAGAUAUGUAUUUUUACGCAUUUUUAGUCCCUUAGAAAGUUACAUUUAAUUUAAGACUUUUCUUGCUGAAUUCAAGUUUUAAAGGCUUCAUCUCCAAACCUUUGAUUCUCAUGAGCAGCAAACAGCAUAAAACCUGAACAGACUGCGAGAUACUCGCAGGCUUCUCUAGUUUUCUGCUGUUUGCCUAUAGCCAUUUUCACUUAGCUUUGGAGUUGGAAAGGGUUAAUACACCAAUACAUGUAAUUGUACUAAAUACAUAUUUACCCUACUUUUCCUUUAACCUGUUCAAUUGUUUUAUGUGAAUUCCUGUUCGGUAUUCAUGAUUUUUUUUCUAAUGAAAUUUGCUGUUAAACCACUCAUCUCUUAAUUAAGAUAUGUGUUGAUUACAGUAGCAUAAGCUGAUUUUUAACAAAGAGUACUAAUAGGGCUGACUUUUGGAUGUAUUUGAUUUAAAAUUUCGAUUGUCUCUCUAUAUGCAUAUUCAGAUUCUGUUUUCUGAAUGAUUUGUGGGUUGCUGAUGUAAAUUAGACAGUCUUGCUUGAUUGUAAAGUUUAGCAAGGGUUGAAUGCUGGUAUACUUAAAAAGUUUUUUUUAUUGAUAAUUGAACUUGCAACGACUGUGACAGGAGAUUUUAUUUCAGAUUAAACAAUUGUUUAUGGAGGGAAUUGAAUUUCUUGGCCCACUCUAUUGAUAAAUUGUAGGGCAAGUCAUUCAUGGAAAAUGAUUUUUUUUAAUAAAUUCUUCCUGAUGAAAUAUGUAUGAUGUUGAAUAGGUAUGUUCUAUGUAAGAUAUUUUCCAAUGUGUAUUUGUUUGUUGUAAUCAUUUAUUGAGAGUUCAUAUUUUCUGAUGAAGUUAUCCUAGUUUUGUACAAGCUGAUACAUGUGUGUAGUGUACAUGUAUUGUUAUUGUUGCAUAAUUUCUUUUCUUGAGACUACCAGACAGGUUUCUGACAAACAAUCAAUUUUUGUACAAGUUUAUAAGCGUGUAAUGUGAUACUUAUGAAUGGAAUGUGUGUGAGAUUAGUUUUUAUUAUAGCAUACCUUGAGAAGAUUGUGAAAUUGUUGAAAUGGCAAUAUCAUUUUCAAAUGAAAAACAGGGCUUAUUGCAUGUGCGUUAAGUGUCAUUCCAUAUUAGCCAAUGCAGUCAGCACAGGCUAAUCAGGGACAACACUUUCAGCAUUUAAUGUAUUUUUAUGGUAUCUAUUUAAGCGGAAAGCAUUUUUCCUGAAUAGACUGCUACAGCACAGGCUAAUCUGGGACAACACUUCACACACAUAGACUGCUACAGCACAGGCUUAUCUGGGACAACACUUCACACACAUAGACUGCUACAGCACAGGCUAAUCUGGGACAACACUUCACACACAUACACUGCUACAGCACAGGCUAAUCUGGGACAACACUUCACACACAUAGACUGCUACAGCACAGGCUAAUCUGGGACAACACUUCACACACAUAGACUGCUACAGCACAGGCUAAUCUGGGACAACACUUCACACACAUACACUGCUACAGCACAGGCUAAUCUGGGACAACACUUCACACACAUAGACUGCUACAGCACAGGCUAAUCUGGGACAACACUUCACACACAUAGACUGCUACAGCACAGGCUAAUCUGGGACAACACUUCACACACAUAGACUGCUACAGCACAGGCUAAUCUGGGACAACACUUCACACACAUAGACUGCUACAGCACAGGCUAAUCUGGGACAACACUUCACACACAUAGAAUAUCCCCUGUUUUUCAAGAGUGAGUCUGAAAUGAUUUUCUUAGAAUGCAGAAAAUAGAAUAAGAAAGGAUAAACAUAGAAUUUAGUGCAUGAAUGUUUAGUAUUGUUAGUGAACUACUUGAAAUGAAAUGGCAGAAAUUUUAGGCUUCUGUUGGUAGCUUUUGACUUUGGACAAUACACUUGACAGUUAGUUAUAAACAAUUGGAGUUGUUAUAUUGAACAUCAAAAUUGUCACACAAUAUUUGUAUAACACUAGCACACUGGAAAUGAAUCAAGUGAACAAGUGAUACACUUCCAAUAGUAGAUAAUCAUGCUCACUGGUUAGUGUUUCCUUAAAGUACAGGACUUUGCAGGAAUCAAGACAAAAUGAUGGUGGAUAUUGUCUCCUUUCUCUCAUUUGGCUGCAGCAGAAGCUGUUUCUGAAGAAUGCAAACCUGUUGAUAAUAUUAUUUUCAAUGCCUUAUAAUUCUGUGUGAAUUGAAACAAAACUUGAGUCUUUACUUCUGUUUAAUGAGAUGAAAAAGAAUCCUUUUUUCGACUUGAAAGAUGAAAAUUCAAGUAUUGUUUGAAAUACUAAGCUAAAGAAUUGGCAUAAGUGCUUAACUGUUAGUGUUGUUGUUGUUAAAAUUGAAUUUUGUAUAAAAAAGUAAAAUAUAAUACAAAGUGAGGUAUGAAAGCGUAGAUGACAAUAAAUGUAUGCUUUCUGGUUGGAUUUGUCCAUGGUUUCUAUGAUACUUAAUAUUGCUUGGUUUAAUCCACUUGUGGUUCUGAUUUUUUACAAAUUUGUAGUUCAAACCAAAUGUUCAAUUUAAGGGGUUGAUUUAAUGUUUUUAGACUUAAUUUUUUUAGCAGUUCAUUUGGAUUGUGAUCCAGUGUUUAUUGUUUGCAAAAACUGCACAAUGCACAAACUUUACACAUUUUAUGUAAAAACAAAAAUUGCGAUUUAUAAGUAACUUAUCAAAAGCCUGAAAUCAUAAGUAUCUAAAACCACAUGUUAUUAUCAGAAGUAGACCAAUAGUAGAUAUAGACAUUUACAAAAACUGUACAAUUUAUUGGAGCCUUUUUGUGAUUUUAAGAAAAUUUUGUAAAAGCAUCUUUUUUUUGUACACUAUUAAUAUUAAUUGAUUUUAAUUAAUUACUUAUGCAUUUCUAUACUUGAGCACUCAUUUGCUUGUUAGAAAUAUUGUCACAUAUGCAUCAUACAAGUAAGACAUUUUGAGGCUGCCUUUGACAAUGUGGGGGGCAUCAGUGCCCUAUUGACACAUGUCUUGUUUAUAAAGUAAAAAAACAAACUAUUUCAUGUGUAUAUAGUGUUGAUAUAUUUCUAGAUUUUAUUGACAAAAAAAAGGAUGCUGUUACUGAGAUUUUGGAAGUUAAUUGCAUCUUUACUUAAGAAUGUGCUUUAAAAUUGCUGCUAUAUUUGGUAUAUUUUAUUGUUUCUGUCUUGGUAAUUGAAAAUGCAAGAUAUUUCCAUGAUUGUUGGUUAAAUGUUGUGCUGGUAGUGGUAGCAUCUGUAGUUCACGAGUGCCAACACUCUCCAACUUGUUAUUAGACCUAAUGAUAACAAUAGACCUAAGAAAUUUUUAUCUUGUGUGAUUUCAUAAUUGUAUCAUGGAUUUCAAUGUUAUUUACAGCAUAUACAACUUGUCCAAAAUGCAAGUUCUUCAUGAAGGAACAGUGAAAACAAAAUUCAUUUUAAAAAUAUAUCUUGAUUUGAUCACAGAAUCUGCUCAACAUUUCUAUAUGACCUACAUCAUGACUCAUGUACUCAAAUGUUUGUUUCUUGGAGCAACUGAUAAUUGUUAAGUGACUAGCUUUAUACCACUGGUACAUUCAUUACACUUCUUGUUAAAAAUCGCCUCUUAUUUUCAGUUUCAUUCUUUUAAUUAUUCUCCAUAAUUCUCAUCAUUCUGAAGCAUGAAAUGCUAUUGAUUGUUCAGGCACGUCUUUAGGUAUGUAACAGAGUUAUUAAUUGAGUUGAGAUCAAAGCACAUCGUAAAAAACAAUUCAGUUAGAAUAAAUGCUAUAUUGAAAAAGUCCCAUUUGCUGUAAAAAAAAACACAUGUUUUAUGCUGCUUGCUAAAUCAACAAAUGAUUAUUAUAUUUGAGUUUAUUAGUAGUUGUGGAAUAUUUGUUUAUUGAGAAUUUGAAAAGCAUAAUUAAAAGCAUAUUUCGAUUGUGUAGAGCUCUGUUGAUUGUAUUUAAUGUUACAAAUCUAUGUAAUGAUCAUGUUUAUUAUUCAGUAUCAUUAUGUAGAAAGUUUUUUUACUGUUCGCAUAGCUCUAUUAGCAUCCUCAGAUUAGCGUUUUAUUGUUUUUGUUUGCCCAUCUUUAGUUUUGUUUCCUCUUCCUCCCUUCUACAGACGCUGUAAGAGAAACUAGUUGAAGGCUUAUAUUCUAACAAUGUACAUAAUCUUCAUUGCUGCCAUGUGUACAAUAAAUAUAAAUACA